AUGUCUUCGCAGCAACCGGUCGCGAAGCCGUCGCCCGCUGGGUCUGAUACCUCGUCCGACCAUGGCGGCUUGGGCUCCAAAUCAGCGGUCGAUGACAAGGUCAUUGUCGAUACAGCGCCUCCGACAGCGCCCGCUCUUGCAACACAGCAGACCCAGCGCAUGGAAGCAGCAAUGGGAGAUGCCAUACUGCGGUUCUUCAGAAUUCGAAAAGGGCCAAAGGCUGAAGAGUAUGACCUCGAUGCGAUUGCCACACAGCCGAGUAUCUGGGAUUCUGAGAACGUCGAAGAGUACAAGAGCCUCUAUAUCCACCCGCAAUGGGAGAAUUGGGCUGCUUUCGAUCCGACUUUCCGAUGGACAUGGAGGGAAGAGCGAGCCGUGAGGCGCAAGAUUGAUUGGAAGAUCAUGGUCUGGGCUUGUGUGAUGUUCGCAGCCCUCAACAUCGACCGAAACAACAUCUCCAACGCCGUAUCCGAUAACAUGCUCGACGAUCUUGGUUUGACGCGAGGCGACUAUAACCUUGGUCAAACGAUUUCCCGAGUUGGCUUUCUGGUUGCCGAGCUUCCAUCGCAGUUGAUAUCCAAGCGCAUUGGUCCCGAUCUAUGGAUACCUAUCCAGAUCUGCCUCUUCUCUAUCAUCUCUGGGGCACAGUUCUUCCUAAAGGGUCGAGCGUCCUUCCUUGCAACAAGAUACCUGAUCGCAACCUUCCAAGGAGGUUUCAUCCCGGACACAAUUCUUUACCUCAGUUACUGGUACACCGGCACCUCGCUUCCGAUUCGAUUGGCCUGGUUUUGGAUGUCUUCGCAACUGGUUGACAUCGGUGUUGGAUUCGCCGCCGUCGGUCUUGUUUCUAUGCGCGGUAUAUUGGGCUAUGAGGGUUGGCGUUGGUUGUUUCUUAUCGAAGGCGCUUUCACUUUCUGCGUGGGGCUUUGCUCAUUCUUCCUGAUGCCUCAAUGCCCUGCCAAGACGAAGAGUUGGUGGAAUCCGAAAGGCUACUUCAACGAGAAGGAGGAGAAGAUCAUUGUCAACUCUGUCAUCCGAGACGAUCCGCAAAAGGGUGGCAUGUACAACAGGCAAGGUCUGUCCGUCAAACAGAUAUGGGAAUGCUCCAAGGAUUACGACAUGUGGCCCUUGUUCGCUCUCGGCUUGCUCUUUGGCUUGCCUAAGUAUCCCGUCAACCAAUACCUCACCUUGUCGCUCCGAGAUCUCAAGUUCAACGUCAUCCAGACCAACUUACUUUCGAUUCCGUGGAUCAUAGGAUCUAGUAUCACCAUGUUGGCCAUCACGGCUGCGAGCGAGCUAUGCAAUAACCGAAGUUUCGUCGCCAUGGCUGAGGAUGCCUGGUUGCUGCCAUGUUUCAUCGCUCUGAUCGUGAUCGCGAACCCAAGUCCCUGGGCGUACUUUGCGAUUGCAACAGUGUUGUUGUCCUUCCCUUAUACGCACCCUAUUCAAGUUGCCUGGACUAGUAGGAACGCUGGAUCCGUCCAGAACAGAACAGUCUCUGCGUCCCUGUACAACAUGUGGGUUCAAGUCAGUGGCAUGAUCGGCGCAAACAUCUACCAACCAAGUGAUUCUCCUCGAUACUUCAAGGCCAACAAGGGUCUGUUGGUUAUUUGCAUUUGGAUGUGUGUGGUGCAGUACCCCUUCACCUACUUCUACUACCGGUGGAGGAAUAAUAGCAAGGCCAAGAAGUGGGAUGCUAUGACACCAGAGCAGCAACACGACUACCUUGCGAAUACGACCGACAAAGGGAACAAACGGCUCGACUUCCGGUUUGCUACGUGA